GCGCACAUCUCCCUCGCGCAAGUCGGUGAAAGUAACGGAAAAGGGAAUAAACACUGGAAAGAAGCGCCUCGGAAAUAAAGCACCACGCGCUCCAACUUCCAUCUUCCUUUUUUUUUGUUUUGUUUUAUUAUUAUUAUUAUUAUUAUUAUUAUUAUUAUUAUUAUUAUUAGAUCCAAAACACCACUUUCUUUAGAGUUUAAUCACCAAAUACAGCCGCGCGCGCGCACUUCUGAGCGCGAUGUGAGGACCGGGGAUCCCGUUACAGGUGACGCCGUUUCACGGAACUCGAAGGAAACAUGUAAAACACCGCGGCUAGAUCUGCGGGGUUGUUUUGUUUUGUUUUGUUUGUUUGUUUGUUUGUUUGUUUUUGGGGGUGGGGGUUCUCGCACCGAGUUGCAUCCAUGAUUCCGCCAGCCAACAUGACGCAGACCGACAGCGACGGGAACGGGAACGAGAAAGAGAAAGAGCCAGUGACGGAGCAGAGCGAGCCGCCUCAGUCUCCGACCUCCGCGAGCCAGCACGAGUCCAAGCUGCAGAAGCUGAAGCGCUCGCUUUCCUUCAGGACCAAGAGCCUCCGCAGCAAAAGCGCCGACAACUUCUUCCAGCAUCCGAGUCCCGAGGUUAGCAACAGCAACAGCACAGGACAGCUAAGUACCAUCGGGGUGUCUGUCUUGCCCGAGUCCUGUUAUAUCCCACCCCUGACUCCGCCUCCCAUAAUGCCGUCUGGACUCCCCCUGACCAUCUGCUCGCCGUCGCGUGCGCCGCGUCCACCCGACCCCACGGCACACACCUUCCUGGAGCACACGUUCAAGAAGCCGCACUUCUGCGACCUCUGCAACCAUAUGAUUGUAGGCCCCAACGCCAAGCUGGGACUCCGCUGCAAAGCGUGUAAAAUGGGCAUCCAUCACAAGUGUCUGAACAGGGUGGGGCAGCAGAGGUGCAUGGGCAAACUGCCCAAAGGCUUCAGGAGGUACUCCAGCUCCCCGCUGCUGAUCCAGGAGCAGUUUGGCUGCAUUAAAGAGGUCAUGCCUAUCGCGUGCGGCAGUAAGGUGGACCCGGUGUACGAGGCGCUGAGGUUCGGGACGUCCCUCGCUCAGAAGACCAAGAGGGCCAGCGGCUCAGACUCGCCUCCUAGAAACUCAACCAGUGAUCUUGCUGAGGUUCCCGAGGAAGCAGCCCACUGCAGUCAUGCGCAGCUCACCAGGAAACACAGCGACAACGUCUUCACGUCUCUGGAGAACGGAACAGAAACCUUCCACACAGAAGAGAAGAAACCAGAGGACUCACAGACUGAUGAAGAUGAAGAUCUGCCGAAGGACAUCCUGCCACUGAGCACAUACGUGGCUUUGUACAGAUUCACCCCACAAGAAAGUCAGGACCUGGAGCUGAGACCCGGGGAUCGGAUAAUCCUGGCAGACGACUCUAAUGAAGACUGGUGGAAGGGCAUGAUCGAGGACAGGAUAGGUUUUUUCCCAGCAUCCUAUGCGCACCCGGUGAAGGAAGGCGACCGCGUGUUCAGGUGUAGCCGCACGUUCAUCGGCUGUAAGGAGCAGGGCCAGAUCACCAUAAAGGAGGGACAGAUCUGCGUGAGCGGCGAGGACGAGAGAAACGGCUUCAUCCGAGUGGCCAGUGGAAAGAAACAAGGCUUCGUCCCCUGUGACGUUCUGGAGGACGUCUGAACGACAGGAAACGAGAGAUACGAGAAAGACGGAAAGAGAGCGAGAGAUCAACAGGAGAGAAGAUGCGCUUUCGGGAAACAGGAAGUCGAGCUGGGGUUUUUUUUUUUAAAUUUUUUAUUUUUUUUUAAAACACACACACACACACACACACACAAAAAAAAAACCAAACAAGCGAGUUCUGUUUCUUCUCCAUCCCUGUGUGUGUGUGUGUGUGUGUGUGUGAGGACGAGAGGACGGGAAUCGGACGGACGUGGAGACUUCUCGACUUUAAACGUAGGCGCUUAAGGAAAAGAGCGUCGGGUGAUCACACGGCGCUCGGAGCUUUUUUCACGCGAGGCGGAAUCCGGUACGCCGUACGAACCCGACAUCGGUUGGCUCACUCGUAGCUCAGAACCUUCUGGUGAGAAUAAGCGCUCGAAACAUAGUACACCCUGGAUUUUGAACAAACACACGGCCAGAGAAAUAUCAAAUACUGUUCGUACGAUUGUUCUUAUCAACUUCUUUUCUUUAGAAUCCACUUCUCUCUCUCUCUCUCUCUCUUUUUUUUUUUUUUUUUACUUGUUACUGCUAUUAAAAGUUUGUGUCCUCGUGACCUUGGGAUAAGAAAAAGUGCUGCACUCGUGACAGAAAGAUGCUUUUCGCAUAUCACGAAAUUGUCGGGUGAGUUUUUUUUUUUUUUCCGAAACGAGGACGUGACGGCGAACAAAGACGCUUUUUUUUUUUUUUUUUUUUUUUUCCUCGCACUAUGAAAGGAAAAAUCCUCGUUCUCAACCAGAAAAGUGUCGUUUCGUGACAGAAAAGAGUCCGUGGAGGAUUUCUAAAUGACUCUCGUGAGGACUUUUGUGCUCUACACUGCCUGUUAAUUUUACUGUAGAUCAUCAUAAUAAAUGACUUUCAGCUUAGCAACCAAAUCAGCCCUUGGUUUAAUACGCUUGAUAAAAAUCUGACGUUUUUAUGUUCUGCUCUGAAUCCAACAUCAACAAUGAACACAGUGUUGCUAAAACUUUUACCCGUAGGACUUUAUAUAUAUAUAUAUAUAUAUAUAUAUAGUAGCAUUAUUGAUUCUGACAUUAUAACGUACGCUUCUUUGAAGAUAUAAAUCUGCAAGACCUUUUGAGUUUUUGUUGAUUUUUUUUAUUUUUAAUCCACACAAGGAAUUUUUCAUCUAAAAAAAAAAAAAAAAAACAACAAAAAAAUUCGCUAAGAUGAGACCGGCUGAAGAGAUAUACACUCCCGGUCAAAAAAGUCUGUACACCCCUGCUCAUAGAAAGCCUUCAUUUGGAUUAUUUUCUAACUCUCUUCGAACGAACUAUGAAAUUCCUCUGCAGCGAGCAAGAAAAGUUCAAAAAUUCCAAACUAUUUCUCUUUAAUUCUUAACGGUACUCAUGCUAAGAAUUCACGUAUGCACUUCAACUCAGUUCAGUCUUUAUUUGUCUAGCGCUUUUAACAAGGGACGUCGUCACAAUGCAGCUUUACAGGAAUAUAUAUAUCGAUUCUGGAAAUAAAAUGUAACAUUUAGAGAUUCAUCCCGAAUUUCUCCACGUUCCAGUUCUACCUCCUGAACGAUCCAGAUAAAACGGAGCUCCUCACUGCGUAUAGUGUUUACUUUUAAAAUGUAACGUCAGGCAAAAACGACGUCUUUUAAUGGAAACAUGAUUGUAAUGCAUUAACCUCCCUGCUUACUUUCUGUCUUAGAAAGGAAUUUUAGUCAUAGACAUUUUUCAACAUGUUUUUAAAGAUGAAUUAGUUUGUUUUUUUUGGGUUUUUUUUAAUUAUUAUUCGUCUUACUAGAAAAAUAAGCUGGAAAAAAUGUCGAAAAUGAAUUAAAACCUUUGUUUUUAAUUUUGUAAUUUUUAGACAUUUUUUGUGUUUACUACUCGGGACUCCUGUCAAUCAUUUUAUAGACACACCCCAAACUGUGCUUCACUCCACCCUCGGGUCGGUCUGCUUGGGAAGGAAAACAUGCCGGAAUCCGGUGUAGACUUAACAUAUGCAGACACUUUUACUAGGAGGAAGAAAACAUGUCAUGCUUUCAAAAAAAGAAGAAAAAAAAAAAAGGUAAAACCAGAAUAUACAUUGGUGUUGCUUUCCCAAGAUGGAGAAAAAUGACUGGCUGUGGGGUGACGUUUGCCGUGGAAUUAACGACGUCGCUCCUGGACAGGUACGUAAACAUAAUCUGUAUAAAACGUUGAAUUGUUUGAAUGACAGCUAUAGGGAGGACAACCGGUGAACCGCCGACUGGCUCAUGUGUGCACAAGGCUCGUUGACGUGUGUGAGGAGCGAAGGCUGGCCCGUCUGGUCCGAUCCCACAGAUGAGCCCAAAUUGCUGAAAGAGUUCAUGCUGGGUAGGAUAAAGCUUGCUCUGUAUGGAGCUGCGUAGCCGCAGACGGGUCAGAGCGCCCAUGCUGACUCCUCUCCACUAUUGAAAGCACCUACAAUGGGCACGUGAUCAUCAGAACUGGACCAUGGAGCAGUGGAAGACGGUGACCUGGUCUGAUGAAUCACGUUUUCUUUUGCGUCGUGUGGACGGUCGGGUGCGUGUGCGUCGCUUACCUGGGGAAGGAGAUGGCUCCAGAAUGCACUAUGGGAAGAACGUGUUCUGCUCUGGGCGAUGUUCUGCUGGGAGACCUUGGGAUCUGGUAUUCAUGUGGAUGUCACUUGGACACGUACCACCUACCUAAACAUCGUUGCAGAUCAAGUACACCCCUUCGUCCUCUUUCAGCAGGAUUAUGCGCCCUGUAAACCUGCAAAAAUCGUUCAGGGACGGUUUGAGGAACAUGACGAAGAGUUCAAGGUGUUGACUUGUUGUCGAUCUCAAUCCGAUCCAGUAUCUGUAGGAUGUGCUAGACAGACAAGUCUGAUCCAUGGAGGCCCCACGUCACAACUUACAGAACUUACAGGAUCUGCUGCUAACGUCUUGGUGCCAGAUACCACAGCACACCUUCUGAGGACUUGUGGAGAAUUCUGUGUACUGCGAUUGUCCAAUGGUGCCACAGAUUCUCAAUGGGAUUGAGAUUAGGACUGCAAGACAUGAGCCACUCCAAUGUUGCUUUGACCUUGUGCUUGAGAUCA